UUGAGCAUUACAAAUGGAUAGUGUAACAAUGAUUCCCUUUUUCCCCUUCUAUAGAAUUUUAACUAAUUGUAACUCUUGGUCACCUCCAUACUAUGGUGUGCAGACAUUUUUACGGGUCUGGCCGGCAUUAUGUAAAAGGUAUACAUGGUUAAAUGAUUGUACAGUGGUAAAAGCAAAUAAGCAGAGUUGUGUGUAGUAUGGGGAUGAGUUGAAUUGAAGUUAUGGACUGGUUUCAAUGCCUCAAUUUGAGGUUAAAGCUAUACAAAUAAGGGCACCCAAUUGCACAGUUUUUGGUUUGAAAAAGUAUUAAUUCAUUUUGCCCAGCCCUGUACCCUUUUUAAAAGGUUGUUCGUUAACUGCUGCCAUCCUGCUUUGUAUUUGGUAGCAGUGUAUGUGCCGCUGUCCUCCAUUUUGAGGACUGAUGCCGCUGUGGCUGUGAAAGGUACUAUUGCAGCACAGAUAUGCCAGCAAUGCUUAAAUCUUGCCCCUCAACUGUGCCCUGGAAGCCCCAAUUAUUUUUGUUUGUAAAUGGUAGAUUGUGAUUGUGUUUAGGGAGGGGUGCACUUGUGUACUAACUUUAUCAUGUACUUUUAAUUUGACAGGGCUCUUGGAUGACGUCCCUGAUCAUGACCUGGGACCACCUAUGGAACCAGAAGAGGAACCAGAGAACAAUACCAUCUAUAUGCAGGGGCUGAAAGAUAGUGUGACUGUAGAAGAAAUAGUAGAGUACUUCAAAAAAUCUGGUGAGAUUAAGAUUAACAAGAGGACUGGGCAACCAGUGGUCAACAUUUUUACAGACAAGGAAACUGGGAAGCCUAAGGGAGAUGGAACAGUAUCAUUUGAAGAUCCUCCCUGUGCAAAAACUGCUGUAGAAAUGUUUGAUGGUAAAGAGUUUCAGGGUAAUAAGUUAAAGGUGUCAAUGGCUCGCAAGAAAUCCCUGCUUGGUAGCAUGAGAGGUGGAAUGCUUCAACGUGAUGGUCGAGGACAGCCUCCCCUCUUGCGUGGAGGUCCCAUGGGCCGAAUGGGUGGCAGAGGCGGAGAGCGUGGAGGAUUUAUGCCAAGAGGCCCACGUGGACCACGGGGUAGCCCAGUUAACAUCAAUUCACAACACAGGGCUGGAGACUGGCAGUGUCCAAACCCUGGCUGUGGAAACCAAAAUUUUGCCUGGAGAACAGAGUGUAAUCAGUGCAAGGCUCCAAAACCUGAGGGCUUUAUCCCACCUCCCUUUCCACCACCAGGUGGUGAACGUGGAAGAGGUGGGCCGGGCAUGAGAGGUGGAAGAGGUCUAAUGGAUCGAGGAGGACCAGGUAUGUUUAGAGGUGGCCGUGGAGGUGACAGAGGUUUCAGAGGUCGUGGAAUGGACAGAGGUUUUGGUGGAGGAAGGCGGGGGGGCCCUCCAGGACCCCCUGGACCACUGAUGGACCCAAUGGGAGGAAGAGGUGGAAGACGUGGUGGCCCCGGAAAGAUGGACAAAAGUGAUCAUCGCCAGGAACGCAGGGACAGGCCCUACUAGAAGCCCUUCUUACCACUGGAGCCUCCUUUACUAUCAGAUUUAUUUUUUAAACCAGAAUGUUUUAAAUUUAUAAUUCCAUAUUUAUAAUGUCAGACAUGGAGUCCUCCUGUCGCAUUAUGAUUCUGUCUGUAUCUUUAGUAUUCACAAUUUGUGGAGAUAUUAAAAUGAAAGUUUAACGGUA